AUGUUAUCAGACAACUGUGAUCCAAGUGGAAACAAGAGCUGUCUGUUUGCAUCUGUGAUCGCCAACGGCUCUGCAAUGUCCUUCCAACUCAGCGGAGUCUCCAUGGGAUACAUCGCACUGGGACUCACUGUGAAUGCUUCCCAGGGUACCACCAUGCUUUUCAUCUGCGCUCAAAACAGCUCCAACAGUGGGAGCUUCUUCUCAGAUCAGGUAACAACAGAAAUCAGUGGCAUUGUAAACGGAAAUGUGAUCAAGUGUAGUUUCACCGUUCCGAACAUGAACAGCACCACCUUCUCCAUCCUCCUCGGGACUGGAAAUAUUACUGAUAAUGGUCCCGGCCCCUUCAAAGUCUCCUUUAACAGCGGCCUUCUGAACCUCACCAACCCAGCCAGCAACGUCCCUACCACAGUACCACCAGUGGUCAACACAACAGUGACCAACCCAGCCAGCAACGUCACCACCACAGUACCACCAGUGGUCAAACCAACAGUGGCUAGCUCAACAGUGGCCCACACAACAGUGGCCAACACAACAAUGGCCAAUACAACAGUGGCCCGCACAACAAUGGCCAACAGCAUUGGAGCUGUCCAGCCUCACGGGACCAGUUAA